AUGCAAGCACCACGUCACCUGCACGUCUCUGGGGAAGUAGAGGACGUGAUGCUGGGGAGCUGCCGCCGACGUCUCCGGCUUCGCCUUCUCUCCGGGGUUGCCCCGCGGGUUCUCCUGCUUGCUGAGCCCAGCCGCCGCCAACAGGAGCAGCUCCUUGCAGCGCUGGGGGAAUCAGUGACAUUUAAGGAUGUGGCUGUGGAAUUCAGUGGGGAAGAAUGGAGAAUGCUGGGCCCUCUGCAGAGAGAUCUGUACAGGAAUGUGCUGCUGGAGAACUAUGAGAAUCUUGUCACCCUAGGGCUUCCUGUUUCCAAACUGUAUGUGAGUUCCCUGUGGGAGAGAGAAGCUCCAUGGAUGCCUAAGGAGGAGGUACCAAGAAGCACUUGUGGAGAUACCGUGAGGCAGGAGACUAGAUGUGAAACCAUUAACUCAUUUCUUACAAAGGACAUUUGCAUGGGAGCAUCAUCCCAGAAAAAACUUCAAAAGAAUAGCUUCUGCCAAUCCAAAUUGGGGAAAGCUGUGGAAUGUAAUCUUAAUUUAGAGAGACAACAGGAGGCACACUCAAAACAUGUAGUAGUCCCUCACAGGAGAACUUUAAAGAAAAUGAAUAUGUCUCAAUGGAAUUCAUUUCAGAGAAGUCUUAGCCAGGAGUUUAUGUUUGUUCCAUCAUUCAGGAAGCCUUUUAGUUAUAAUUCCUACAACACUAAAUUUCAUAUAAUUCACUCUGUAGAAAAACUAAAUGAGCACAUUGAAUGUGGAAAAGCCAUUCCUAUUGGGGAGAAACCCUAUGAAUGUAAUAAAUGUGGAAAAACCUUCAGACACAAGGGAAGCUUGACAAAACAUGAGAGGAUUAAUACUGGAGAGAAACCUUUUGAAUGUAAUAGGUGUGGAAAAUCCUUUGGUGAGAGAGGAAGUCUUAGACAUCAGAGAACUCAUACUGGAAAGAAAUCUUCUGAAUGUACUCAAUGUGGGAAAUCCUACAGUGAGAAGGAAAACCUUAUUAUCCAUCAGAGAACUCAUACAGGAAUGAAACCCUUUGAAUGUAAUCAGCAUGGAAAAGGUUUCAGGUUCUGGGAGGUACCAGCCAAUCUGCAGGUGAAGCCACAGGGGGCAGAAGAGGAAUAUGGGAUACAGCUCAGGGGUGCAGUGGGCCUCCAAAGGUGCAGAUACAGGUUCAUAGGAUCCUAA